AUGAAUCCUAAAGCUGACAUCAACAUGGGGGACGGAGAGCUGUUCUUUCUACAGGUCUUCGAGCCAAUGCGAUGCGACCCGUUGGCUCUGAAGGACCAGAUUGAACGGCCUUCAGUUGUGCUGUGCAAUGGGAGGCACAGGGAGAACAUUCGCCGCAUCGCGCGCGAGCUCAAUGUCGACUUGUCGAAAGCUGAGAAUGAGAGUUCUCCCAAGAAGCCUUCCGCCCCGAAGGUGGGCCCUGGCUUGGAGUCUUCCCCAGAGCUUCCAGAGCUUGGAGAGGACGUCUUGACGAAUGUCGAGCUAAGUCAGCUAAGUCAGCUAAGUCAAGCUGUCCAUGGCACCAUGUCCGCAUGGCCCAUGGCCGCUGCAUCGAGUCGAUGGGGUCUCGCCGCUUUCGUUGCUUUCGGUGGUGUCAGUUGGGAGCUACGGCGGAGCCAAGGAUUGGCCCGGUACCGGGAGAUGAAACGUCGCUACUCAGAGACAGGUUCUGAGACACGGUUUCCAUUCUAUGGCCGAGACUUUGGCUAUGAGGUGGACUACAUGCUGGAGCUUCAACUGCAACCAGGUGAUCGUUGCCUUGCAUCCUACUCUUUAGAAGCCUUGCCGGUGACACACGCGGCAGUUCUGACCUGGAAGAGAACGACGCGAAGCUUUGCGACCGGAUCAUAUGGAUCCAACCGAUCUAAUGGAUCUAAUGAUUAUGACAUCGAUGAAGAAGCAGUGAUUGAAGUGGUCAAUGGUCAAAGAUAUUGCCGGCAUCCGUCCCGGCCAGGAUCCUGGUGGCAACCCUGGUGGUGUGGUGAACACCUCACCAGGUACAGUGAUUGGUUGGCGUGGCCACCAUUGAAGGAGGAGGUCUUUGAUGCCCUCCGGCACUACCAGCCAAGACCAGCACCAGCACCAGAAGAGCCCAUUGCCGUUACUGCACGGGCCGCAGACUCAGAAGAGGUCUUUGCUGCUGCUGAGCUGCCAAAUGCUGCAGAAGUUCGGUCAACGGUCCCAGUGGCGGGGAGUUCUUCAAUGACUCUAGUGGUGAAGAUCUGUGAAGAAUCAGCACAAACAUGA